CAAAACUGAUAAAGAAAGAUCUAAUGAAGCAAGAUUUGAUAAAAUAAAACUUAAUAAAGCAAGACCCAACAAAGCAAAAUCUGACAAAGAAAGAUCUGAUAAAGCAAACCCAACAAAACAAGAGUCAAUUAAGCAAUAA